AUGAAGCAAGUCUGCCCACAGACGGACUCCGAGAGGCCAGAGGACCUGGAAGCGGCAGCACUCGCUCUCAACCACCCACCCGCCAGCCUCGGAACCAUGGCAGCAGCGUCCGCUGAAUUGCUCAUCAUCGGCUGGUACGUUUUCCGCGAGCUGCUGCAGGCGUUCGGGUACUCCCUGCAGAAGCUGGCAUACACGGUGUCGAGAACCGGACGGCACGUGCUGGGAGAGCGCCGCCAGCGGGCCCCCAGCUGA